AUAACUUCUAGCUCUAGUGGAGAAUAGUCUCGGCUAUCACGGACCGUAACAUGGCGCUUUCCAUAGAGGCAUUGGUGUCUAACGUUUUCAAAGAUUUUGAAGCUAUAACUAAAAAGCCAGAAGACAGACUUGGAAUCAAACCAGAUGCAAAAUGGGCCUCUAUUCUUAAAAAAAGUACCAAAGAUGUGUAUGAAUUUUGCCGCCAUUACGAUAGCACUUACAGCUCCGUGUACGUCGACAACCUUGUUAUAGAUAAUUUUGAUGAUGAGCAGGUGUGGCAGCAGUUGGAGUUGCAGAAUGAUUCAACAGCAAAGGGUCUCUUAGAAACUUUGGCUAUAUCAAAUCUGGAAAAAGCCUUAUUGUCCUUCAGCUGUCAGAAGGCAAGUGGCAAAACCAAAAUUGACACACAUCACAAAGGAAUAUCACCAGCAGAACCUUCUAUGAAGCUGAGUGAAAAAGAGAUAAAUGAUGUAGACACUGAUGAUACUGAUGAUGAAAUUGUGCAAAUAAAGAAAAGACUGAAUGAGGAAAAUCCCGACACUCAGCUUACAGAUGGUGACUCUGAUGAUGAAGAAUUAUUCAAGGGUAGUGAUCUCCAAGAAGAUGAGGGAGACUUGAAUGAUGAUGAUGAAAAUGAUAUCGACUUUGACUUUGAUGUGGCCGAGAAGAAAGAUAAAGGUCCAAUAAAAAGAGCUGAAAGGACGCCUGUGGAUGAUAAAUUUUUUAAACUGGCUGAGAUGGAGGAAUUCCUUCAGCAAGAAGAUGAAAAAGAAAUAAGGCAGCAGCAAAAGGAUGCAAAACAGGGGGAGGAAACCUCUGACAGUGAAGAGGAAGAAGAAAGCGGAGAUGUUGAUAUGUUUGGUGAGCUUCCGAGUGAUGAAGAGGAAGAGGGUGCCAUGUAUGCUGACUUUUUUGAUCCACCUGAUGAUGAGGCAGCAAAUACAGCAAUACAAAGAGUGAAAAAGAGAAAGAAAACAUCUGAUGAAGGUGAGGUUGAAAGUGAUGAAGAGACAGAUUUUAAAAAGAAAGUACGCUUCAGUGAGGAUUUAAUACAGAAAAGUUUGCUAGCUUCAAGUGAAAGUGAUGACAGCAGUGACGAUGCAUCUCGUGAUGUCUCACCCUCAAAUGCUACCACUCCUUUUUUAUCCACAUUUGAGAAAAGGCAAGAAAAGCUUCAGAAGCAGAUUUCCGCAAUGGAAGAGGCCAGCCUGCAGCCAAAGUCAUGGUUGAUGAGUGGUGAGGUCAGCAGCAGCUUGAGGCCAGAGAACAGUCUUCUGGAAGAGCACUUGACAUUUGACCACACCAGUCGUUCAGCUCCAGAAAUUACAGAAGAAACUACAAUGAAGCUUGAAGAUAUAAUUAAGCAACGCAUCAAAGAUAAGUCUUGGGAUGAUGUUGUGCGUAAGGAAAGAAUGAAGGAAGAAGUGUUUGAGUUUAAGAAGAGACUUCACUUGGACCAAGAGAAAAGCAAGAUAUCCCUCGGCGAAAUUUAUGAACAGGAGUAUCUUAAACAACAGGCUGAAGAAGAGGAAGACAAGAAGAAUCCUGUCCAUGAAGAGGUAAACAAAAUGAUGCAGGCUCUCUUCCUCAAGCUGGACGCUUUGUCAAAUUUUUGCUACACACCAAAGCCAGCCAUGCCAGAAGUCAAGAUUAUCUCCAACAUGCCAUCUAUUGCUAUGGAAGAAAUCAUACCUGUGGCUGUCAGUGAUGCUGCACUUCUGGCACCUGAAGAAAUUCAGGCCAGAGCUAAAGGAGAAUUCAAAGGUAAAAAUGAAAGAACAGACACCGAUAAGAAAAGAGAGAGAAGAAAGAAGAAAAUGGCACAGAGGGAACGACAGAAGGAGAAAAAUAAGCGGCAGAAAGCAGUAGAGAAAAUUAAUCCUGGUCUUGGUAACAAAUACAGCAAAGAACGAGCUCUCCGGGAGCUUGAAAAACAGAGCAAAACAUCGAGCAAUGUGCAAUUGGUUCAGGACAAGAAAGGGAAAGUGUCUUCAUCAUCCACAGCUUUCUUUGCUCAGCUGCAAGAAGAAGUACAGACUCAAAUCAAGGCCAAGUCAUCCGUGGCAAAGAAACAAAAGGAAGAGAAAAAAUCAUCAAAAAAAUAUUUGUUGUGAUCAGAUUGUUUAUUUGUAUAUAUCAAGAAUAUUGUUUUAUGA